AGCUGAACGCGCCUGGAACUUUGACAGAAGGUAGUGUAUCGCACAGAUAAGAGGAACAAUUGAUCGAUAAUUAACCAGUGACCUUCAGAUAUAAUCAUACCGGCAAGCACUUCAAAUUAUCACAAAACAUCUCGUGAACAGUUAUACAGGAGUCCAGGCUGCUGCUCUGCAGAAAUGGCAUCUAAGAUCCCAGAACUAUCAUCUUUGGUUUCAACUGCACAGGCUGCUUUUAGUGAAAGAUUUCAUGGUAGGCCUGAUAUAGCAGUUGCAGCUCCAGGGAGGGUUAACAUAAUUGGUGAACACACAGAUUACAAUGAUGGAUUUGUCUUCCCAAUGGCUCUCCCAUUAGUUACUGUGAUGGUUGGAAAGCAUACUGACUCCAAUAAGUGUAAGAUUUUUACUCUUGCUGAAAACGUUGACCAACCUCAUGAAGUAGAAUUCCAAGUACCAACCCCAUCUCAUCCACUUAAGCCUCACAAACCAAACUGGGCUAAUUAUGUGAAGGGUGUUGUGGCUAAUUUUCAUGGUCCUGUGAGUGGUUUUGAUGCUGUCAUCACCACCUCGGUACCUUUAGGUGGAGGUUUGUCUAGUAGUGCUUCCCUUGAAGUUGCAACAUACACCUUCCUUGAAGUGUUGAUGGGAACAAAGGCACCUAGCUUGCAGGCUAAAGCCCUGGCUUGCCAAAAAGCAGAGCACGAAUUUGCCAACAUGCCUUGUGGUAUAAUGGAUCAGUUCAUCUCUACUAUGGGGAGUAAAGGACAUGCACUACUUAUUGACUGUAGGUCAUUGGAAUCAAAACUUGUGCCCUUGUCUGACCCAUCAGUCACAUUUGUCAUCACAAACUCGAACGUGCGACACACGCUCACUGGUUCCGAGUAUCCUACGCGAAGGAGGCAGUGUCAAGAUGCUGCUAAGAUUAUGGGCAAGGAGAGCUUGCGUGAUGCAACUCUUGCUGACUUAGAAAAUCACAAGUCAGCAAUGGUAGAAGAAAAAGAGCUGUACAACAGGGCUCGCCAUGCCAUAUCUGAAAUUCAUCGAACUGAGGAAGCAGUUUCCAUUUUAAAGAAUGGAGAUUACAAUACUUUUGGGAAAUUAAUGACCGAAUCGCACAAUUCCCUCAGGAAUGAUUAUGAAGUAUCCUGUCCAGAACUUGAUCAGCUGGUAGACCUUGCCUUAGCAGUUUCUGGUGUUUACGGAUCAAGAAUGACAGGUGGUGGCUUUGGAGGAUGUACAGUGACUCUGGUAAAGCAAGAAAAUGUCGAAGACCUCAUUGGCCACAUCAAGCAAAACUACAAAGGCACUCCAACAUUUUACGUAUGUGCACCUUCACAUGGGGCUCAGGAAGUUUCCCUCUUACACAAAAAAGCAUAAAAAAAGUUCUAGAGAUUAUGAAGAAUUAGAAGAUGAACUUGGGAGUCCUUCCCAUUUAUAUUUCAGAAAUACUAAAGGAGAUCCAACGUUACCAAAAGUUUCAGUACAAUUUUCGUCAUUAAUUUUUUCUCUGAACUUUUAGGUGAUGAAGUGUGAACCAGUAUAGUUACGCUUUCAGUAUCCCAGGUUUGAAUUUGUGCUAAUACAUGCCUUUGUGUAUGUAGUUUAUACUUUGGUAUAAGUGUCCUUAUCAUGCAAUUAAUUUUAUCGAAUAACUACUAAUAUUCUGGGGUAUAUUUAGAGUUAAUUUGCACCUCAAUUUUAUUCUACAGUAUAAGUAUUAUACUGUAGAAUAAAAUAGAGAUAACUAAGUUUUAACACUAUUAUUAUUUGUGAAACUUUUGGAUUUACCUGAGAAUAGGAAAUGUUAAAGGCCAGUUAUUUACUUUGUUUCAUGUAUGUGUGUGUGUGUUCUUGGUAGCAACAUUGGGGUUGUGGUAUGGUAGCACUGACAAAGCAGCUAUUAGAAGCCACAUUGAAAUUAUUUUUGAGACUAGUUUCUCAAAGAUUGGAUAAUUUUAAAACCUGUUUUAUUUGCGUAGAUCAUACCUUCAUUACAGUAACAAACCUAAUGUGGAAUAUCUCAGUAGAAGUAAUUCAUCUUAGAUGCAGGCUUAUGCAAAUGUCAAACGUACUCCUGUUCAAUUUUUGAACAAGACAAAUCCAGAUUCAGAAUAUUUAUGAAUUACCAUAUUCAAAAUUCCAAUGAUAUUACAAUUAAAAGUGUGUAAUUCUGAAUUAUCAAAUGAAAAUCCGGAACUGUUGUAGCUUGCAUGUUUAAAGUUAAUGCUGCCGUUUUAUUUUUUUAUUGUUAAGGUAAUAGUGUUGAUAUGUUAUUAGUUUUUAGUUUUUUUGCACUUUUUUGUUUUUUGUUACACACUUGCCAUUCCUUACCAAUGUCCAAAGUGUAAAGGGACAAUCUUUACAAAAUGCUGAUGAUUAUGGUUAUCAUUCCUUACCACAUUUCCAGUUUUAUUUCCUCCAGGCAGGAUAAGCCUAGACUGUUCUUUUAGCAACAUGCAGUAGGCAGUCUUAAAGUUGCUUUUUGCUACUUCCCAUGUGCCUCCAGCUGCAUUGUUUACUAGAUUUUACUUUUCCUUUGUUACCAUCAGUUUCUUUCUGCCCAGGUGUCCUAAUUUCUUAAAUUACCCCUUUUGGACCAUUCCUUUUGGUUAGCCCAAUUAGUACUACAGUAUUAUUAUUAUAAUUGUAUUUAUUAUAAAGUAGUCUGGGUAAACCACACAGUUCAGAGUCUUACCUCUCAUAGACAUGUAACUUUGAUGUGAUUAAUAAUAAUAUUCUUAGUUUUGUUACCAUGGAAAAGUGGUUGAGCCAGUCCACUGAAUCGGUUUGAGAUUUAUAACAGUGCCAGUGGAUUUUGCAUUUAGAUAAGUCACUGAAGAUUUUAGCAAGAAGUAAAGUUGGGGGUAACAGGGAAGACAAAAAGGAACAGAUUAAAAGGUCAAAGAAUGAAACUGUAGUAUGGAUGGACAUACAGUAUUGGAGAACAUUCAGUACAAUGUUACCCAAAGAACACUAUUGGGUGCAGCCUCAUAUGAGGGUCAUUUCUGUUGUAGACAUAUAUUUUUUCCAAGGAAUAACUCUUCGAAGGGUAGCCAUUAUGGGAGUGACAAAUUAAUUUUUGAAAUAUUGUUUCCACUGAAAUGUUUGUGAUUUAUUGCACAAAUUCACUGCUCAGUGCAGUGUCUAAGGCUGUGAUAAUGUAGGCCUUACAGAGUAGUUUUAUUUUGUAAUUUUUCAGCUGUUGACAGUCAUAGGUCAAUAAAAUACCUGAAAUAGCUGUAAGACUUUUGAUGUUGGUAUAAAAUACUACACAUUCAUAAGUUAAAUUGCUUUCCAGUUUUGUAGCAUUAUACUGUUAUAACUUUCAAUACAAAGGUUGCUAAUUAUUGAUCGUUGCCCCUGUUAUUUGUAAAACAUUUUCAUCACUGGAAUAAAAAUCCAUGUGUAUUUAAAAUUUAUCACUUCUUAAGUCAUUUUGUAGUCUUUUCAAGAUAAUUUUCAAAAUAAAAAGGACAUAGUAGAA